CUUUAAUGUGGAAGUGUCAAAUUCAGCUUAUUUAAACAAAAGCGUUGUAGAGACAAUAAUUAAAGAAUGAAUUGAGUGAUAGUUAUUGAAUGCUUUAUUUAAUUUAAAAUAGCAGGGAUGUCAACCGGCUUGAAAUAACGCACUAGAUUUAUAGUAAUGAAGAUCCAAGAUUUAUAUGGAAUAUGAUGUUCUGAUGCUUGAGAAUAGUCACGACUUAAUUAGAUGAAGAAAGGAGCAACAAUAUCUUUGCGUAAUGAUUAUAAGUGAAUGAAAUAUAAUACUUUAAAAAUGUAUUUGUUAUUUUAGUUAAUAAAUUUUCCUUUCUGAAACUUCAAAUGAAUUGCCAGAAUUCGAAAUGUAGCAGGGAUAUACCCUAUAAUUCAAUUUUGAAUGGAACUCAAGUCACUUGUGAUAGCUGUUCAAACGCAUUUUACUGUUCAACGAAAUGUAGAGAUUUUGAUUGGGAAGGAUACCAUUAUUUGGUUUGUAAUGGUUUAUUUGAAUUAGUUCCGAAGGUCUCUUUAAGUUAAUUGAACGAUGAGAUGGAUUUGAUAGGGUCAGGAAGUUUUGGAUAAGUUUAUUUAAAAUAACUGAAUGGAUAUAAUUUUGCAAUAAAAAAAAUCAAUAAAUAUAAUGGGAACAGGGAACUCAAAAUUCAUAAGCUACUUAAGCAUAAGUACAUAAUUUAAUUAUUGUAAUUUCUGGAGUAAGAUGAUAAUUUAUAUUUGGUACUGGAAUACGCAAAAUAUGGUCACUUGACAACAAAUUUGUAUAUUGAUCCCAAACAGGUGAUAUUGCAAUUGUGUAAUGCUUUGUAAUACCUGCAUUCAUAAGGGAUCAUUCACAGAGACAUAAAGCCAAGUAAUGUGUUGAUAGACCAUAAAAAAAAUGUGAAAUUAUGUGAUUUCGGUUUGGCUACUCAUAUAGACAUCAUUAGUAAUUUUAGUGGGACUUACGAGUUCAUGGCUCCAGAAAUAUUGAGGAACUACCCUUAAACUUAUUCAGUGGACAUCUGGAGCUUGGGAUGCCUACUGUAUUGGAUGCUUGAGAAAAAGCCAAUUAUAACAGGUACUGAAGCAGAAAUGAUAGAGUAGAUUCUCAUAUUCACAGAGCCCAAGUUUACAAUUGUGGAUCAAUAAGCAAAGGACUUAAUUUUGAGAAUGCUAAAUCCCAAUCCCAAUGAGAGGAUCUCGUUGAAUCAGAUAUUCUUGCAUCCAUUUUUAACAAGAGAUGAUUAAAAUAAGGCGAAAGUUGAAGAGUCCUCAAAUUCGUAUUCAGAUGAAACCCAAGCGAGUUAUCAUCCCUAAUAAAUUGCUUCUUAACAGAAAAGUAAUAUAGCAGAUAGAACUGUGUUCUAGAGGAUUGCCAGUUUGUUUACUUGCAUGGCUAGAGAUAAAUGA